CAUGUCCAUGGUACUGCAUGUACUGAAUUCGUGAAUCGCGCAUUAAACCAUUAAAUGAUAUUUAUUUAAUAACGUGUGUUAAAAAAAUAGUCAUUAUGUCAAUGAUAAUAUCUUUAAAACAUAAUAUUAAGUUAAGUCCACUGUUGACUCAAAGUUCAUACAUUUGGAAGAAUUUACGACAGUCAUCGUCGCAUUCCAAAUAUGCAGAACACACACGGUUGGAAAAAAUUCGAAACAUUGGUAUAUCAGCUCACAUUGAUUCUGGGAAAACCACCUUGACAGAACGUAUAUUAUAUUAUACUGGAAGAAUAGAGAAAAUGCACGAAGUGAGAGGUAAAGAUAAUGUUGGAGCAACAAUGGAUAGUAUGGAAUUAGAAAGACAAAGAGGCAUUACGAUUCAAUCUGCUGCAACUUAUACCAUGUGGAAAGAUCAUAAUAUCAAUAUCAUUGACACUCCUGGUCACGUUGACUUCACUGUAGAAGUAGAAAGAGCUUUACGUGUUUUAGAUGGAGCUGUACUAGUAUUAUGUGCAGUUGGUGGUGUUCAAUCACAAUCAAUCACUGUAGAUCGACAAAUGAAAAGGUAUAAAGUACCCUGUUUAGCAUUUAUUAAUAAACUAGAUAGGUUGGGAGCUAAUCAUCGCAGAACUUUGGAACAAUUGCAAGGAAAAUUAAGACACAAUGCUGCGUUUGUACAGUUGCCAAUUGGCUUAGAAAGUAAUAAUAAAGGAAUAAUAGAUUUAAUUUAUCAAAAGGCUUUGUAUUUUGAAGGAAAUUUUGGUGAAAUUGUAAGAGAAGAUGAAAUUCCAGCAAAUAUGAGAAGUGAAGCACAAGAUAAAAGGCAAGAAUUAAUUGAGAAAUUGAGUAAUGUUGAUGAGAAACUUGGAGAUAUGUAUUUAAACGAGGCAAAAGUACUUGAAACAGACAUAAAAGAUGCCAUCAGAAGAACGUGCAUAAGUAGAAAUUUUACACCAGUAUUCGUUGGAACUGCUUUAAAGAAUAGAGGUGUCCAACCGCUAUUAGACGGAGUUGUGGACUAUUUACCAAAUCCUGGAGAAGUAGAAAACUAUGCUCUUAAACAGAAUGAAGAUGAAACUGUUAAUAUCCUAUUAAAUUCUGAAAGAAGCAAUCAAUAUCCAUUUGUUGGAUUGGCAUUUAAAUUAGAAGCUGGCCGAUUUGGUCAGCUCACCUACUUCCGUUGUUAUCAAGGAAUGUUGAAGAAAGGGGAACAUUUAUACAACGUGAGAACACGGAAAAAGGUUCGAGUUCAGAAGUUAGUAAGACUUCACUCAAAUCAAAUGGAAGAUGUAACAGAAGUUUAUGCCGGCGAUAUUUUCGCUUUGUUUGGUAUCGAUUGCGCAUCGGGUGAUACAUUUGUUAGCAAUGCUAAUGUAGAGUUGUCAAUGGAAUCUAUUUAUGUUCCCGAGCCUGUGGUAUCAAUGUCCAUUCAAGUAAAGGAUACAAAAUUGAGAGACAGUUUCGCGAAAGGUAUCGCACGAUUUACCAAAGAAGAUCCUACAUUCAGACAUUAUUAUGAUAGAGAUAACAAGGAAUCUCUAGUUUCUGGAAUGGGAGAGCUGCACUUGGAAAUUUAUGCUCAGAGGCUUGAACGUGAAUAUAAUUGUCCUGUGAUUCUUGGAAAACCAAAAGUUUCUUUCCGCGAAACAUUACACUCGCCUUAUGAAUUUGAUUUUCUUCAUAAAAAGCAAACAGGAGGAGCUGGGCAAUAUGCUCGAAUUGUUGGAGUAUUAGAGCCUUUGCCACCUGAACAGAAUACUGAAAUUAUAUUCAAAGACGAAACGGUGGGAACAAAUGUUCCAAAACAGUAUAUUCCUGGUGUAGAAAGAGGCUUUAGAGCUAUGUGCGAAAAAGGGUACUACAGUGGUCAUAAAUUGGCAGGUGUUAAGUUCAGACUAAUUGAUGGUAUGCAUCAUUGUGUUGAUUCUUCGGAACUUGCGUUCUGUUUAGCCGCGCAAGGUGUGAUGAAGGAAGCGUUCAAUAAUGCACCUUGGUAUCUAUUAGAACCGGUUAUGUUAGUCGAAGUAACUGUCCCAGUAGAUUAUCAGGGAGUAGUUGUAGCCCAAUUAACUAAACGACAUGGUCUUGUAAACGAUACAGACGUCAAUGAAGGAUGGUCUGUUUUAAAGGCAGAAGUUCCAUUGAAUAAUAUGUUCGGUUACAUAGGUGAAUUGAGAUCUACUACUCAAGGAAAAGGAGAAUUCACCAUGGAAUAUGCGCGUUACACGCCUUGUAUACCAGAAGUAGAAGAACAAAUAGUAAGGGAAUACCGAAUAGCAAAUAAUCUGGAGAGUGUAGCGCAAAAGUCGAAAAAUUAAUGACUUUAAAACUACUAAUUUAGGAAUUAUUUUGACUCGUUACGUGAUGUAUGAAAUGAAUGUGAUGAUGAACGUGAAACGAUCGAAUGUAAAAAGUAAGAUAUAAUAAAAAGUAAUUUAUACGAUA